CCUAAACACUAAUAAUGGUUGUCAAUUUUGAUGUUGUUGACAAAGCCUUGGCUGUUGGUAGUAGUUGUGUUAGUGUUUUAGCUUUUGUGUUUUAUAAAUUAUAUAGAAACAGAACAGAAACUGCAAGACAAGUUCGAGUAAGUUGUUGUUUUAGCAUACAAUUUACAGUUAAAGCUAAACUCAAGGUCGUUGCAUCAUCAUCGAAUCACACUCACUCUCACAGUCAGUAGAAUCAGUAGUCAGUAGUAAUUUCAGUAAAUGAGUAAAUCUUCACUACACAAGGCAGACUCAGUCUCAAAGUCGACUCGCAAUACAAAGUUUGAAAGACUGCGAGUGUUGUGUAGUAGAGUAUUCAGUGAAUUGUAGAAGUCAAACUUAACUAGCCUAUCAAAUUUAAAUUACAAAUUUAGUGAUACAGUGAGUUGAGUGAGUCACAAGGCUUUACAAGUAACAAGAACAAGGCUAAUUAGUAAUUAACAUUUUGGCAAAUUCAAUAACUAUAACCAGUCAUGAAAUUGAUAUUAGUUGAUUAGUACAGUAGUCAUUUGUAUAUUUCAAUCAGUCCAGACUCUUCUACAGUGAUAAGUGAAUUUCCAUGAUAUAGGAUUCUUUAUUUAUAAAUGGAAUAUAUUCAUAGUUAGAAAUUAGAAAACCUGUUCACGGCCCUUUAAAUGCGGUUUUCAACAUUAUAAGACCCUCUGGGGAUGAACAAAUACGUAGACCUACAUUCCAUGCGUACAGUAAUUUUAAUAGACAAGGGUGUAUAAUUUACUCAGAUAACCAAGCAUGUGCUGUAUCAUUUUGACUAUCUUGAUCAACUUUUUAAUGAAUACAUGAUAUAUUUGAAAAAAAACAGCGAAAGAGUGAAGCUGCAAAAAUUGAAGUGCGAAGUGGCGAGGGACAACUCUAUUACUAUUAUAGCAGACUGAGUAGAUCAGAGCUCUGCAGUGUUCUCUGGCACAAUGGUGGGCCGCAAGCAGGGCCCCUAACUAAGUUUACACUUAAAUUGAUUUUAAACACCAUUAUUUAUAUGUAACUCAAUUAAAAUACCAAGAAAUAUGAACAGUAAAAUAAAACUUAACACAUAUACAUUUAAUUCAAAACUUACAAAACUAAUGUUUGUUAUCUCUUACUUAACAGAUUUUAUAUUCAUUUUUUUAGCAGCAAAUAUUCAAUAAUCAUUUUCAAAUGAUUUUCUUAAUAUAAAUUGUAUGAAAUACUUCUGCUUCUAUAAGUACGUUUGCUUUGCAGCAUUAGUUUAUGGCAAGGCAUUCACAUCAGUGUUGAAUUUCUCCUUCUUAGGAUGGUAGUUAAAGCAAGCAAUAAUAAAUCACACAUGUGAGAUUUUCAAGGUUUUUGUCACUUUAAGUGUCUUAUGUCUCAACAGAUGACCUAAAGUAUUAUGGACCUUUACAGAUAAUAUAUUGGAGGUCAAAAUAUUACUGAAAUUAUUCUUAAAUUUUCAUAUGUUGGAAGUCCUGCUCUACUUAGCAACAGUGCUUUUUUAUUGAUUUAAAUGUGCUGGUACUGUCAAGUCUUGUUGACAACCCUGUUUGUGUCACUCCUGCCACAUCUAAACAUUGAACCUGUUCACAUGAACUUGUACAAGCAGAAGUCUCCCAAGAGAAUGUUUUGGAGGGUGUGCUCUGGGUAGGGGCUGAGUGAAAACAAUACAAUAAAUGAGAAAAGAAAUGGAUGGAAAUAUCCUUACUUUUCUUACUUGAAUCUUGGGAACUUCAUCUUAACUUCGUCUAAAUUCUUUUAAUGUUUGUAACGCAUACUUUAGAUUUUGAACAACUUCCUGCCACUUCUAAAUUAUUCAUGUUGCUAUCAAGCUAAUUUCCAUGUUUCUUUUUUUGUUAUUUCUUACUUUGUCUGCUGAUGAAGGCUUUCACCCUAAACAUUGUUUUUAUUGACCUGUUAUUUCUAUUUAAGUGUGCACUUAUCCUCUAAAUUUCAAUUUUUGUUAUCAGUAGGCCUCAUUAAAAUAAAUAAGUUAUUGCAAAAAAAAUGUCCUUUAAACCUUUUUAGUAUUGGAGAAAAAGUAAUAAGCUUAGGAGGCUUUUUGAAUAAAAAUGGGUUUGGAAAAGGGUGAGCCUGGUAGUAAGCAAAUGUUUUGAUUGACUGCUGAAUAUUGAGCACAAAAAAAAUAAUAAUAUAUACUUUUCAUAACCAGGCAACAAAUUUGUUCAGAAUCUUCAUGGUUUUUAAAAAAAACUACUUUUUAUAUUUGUAAACAUCCCUUUAACUCUAGUAGAUUUUUGGUAUUAGAAAAAAUGCUCUUUAAAUAUAAUUUCAUGUGAUAAAUCUUUCUACAAUUAGACCCAUCAGAGCCCCUUUAUAUUUCUGACAGGACCCUCUCUUCAUUCAACCUUUCAUUCCCAACUGCCCAGCGUUAGUGGUCUACCACCUCCGAGGUGGUUGUGCUGCCCAUUUUGAGAACCAUUUGUUCCGUUUAUGAAUAAAAAAAAAAAAUAAUAAAAAAAAAAAAAAAAUUAAUUUCAGAACAUUCAAAUAUGGAAUCCAGACCCAGAUCUUUACAACCACUUGAAUUUGCAAGAAAGUCAAUGUCUAGCUUAUGCAGCUGUGGAGGGAGUGGUCAAAGAAAUGAAUCGUGUUCUGCACAGCCACCAUAGAGGAGAUGAGGGCGUGAUCUUGCAUUCUGAAAUCAUAGAACAUCAGUCAAAGCGGGUCAAUGGAUUUUGGUAAUUGUAAUCAACAGCUGUCAUGUUCUCUGUUUAUUCAACUUAUGUUAUGAAGAAAAUAAUACGGAGUUGAACUGUCAGUUCUAAUAAUACUGAGUUGAACUGUCAGUUCUAAUAAUACGGAGUUGAACUGUCAGUUCUAAUAAUACUGAGUUGAACUGUCAGUUCUAAUAAUACUGAGUUAAAUUGUAGUUUCUCAGAUGACAGAGUGGAACUAUUGGUUCUAAUAAUACUGAGUUAAAUUGUAGUUUCUCAGAUGACAGAGUGGAACUAUUGGUUCUAAUAAUACUGAGUUAAAUUGUAGUUUCUCAGAUGACAGAGUGGAACUAUUGGUUCUAAUAAUACUGAGUUAAAUUGUAGUUUCUCAGAUGACAGAGUGGAACUAUUGGUUCUAAUAAUACUGAGUUAAAUUGUAGUUUCUCAGAUGACAGAGUGGAACUAUUGGUUCUAAUAAUACUGAGUUAAAUUGUAGUUUCUCAGAUGACAGAGUGGAACUAUUGGUUCUAAUAAUACUGAGUUAAAUUGUAGUUUCUCAGAUGACAGAGUGGAACUAUUGGUUCUAAUAAUACUGAGUUAAAUUGUAGUUUCUCAGAUGACAGAGUGGAACUAUUGGUUCUAAUAAUACGGAGUUGAACUGUAGUGUCUGCUUCUAAUAAAUAGACGCUAUGAUUGGUAACCUUUUACUAAUUUAGUAAUUGAGAAUGCAUUUUAAUUUAGUAGUUGCUAGAUUUUGAUUAAUAUUGAGAAAUUCGUUAAAAUACCACGCACGCCACAGCUGACAAUCCACAGCUGUGGAGCAAAAUGGUUUAUCUCUGAAAAUAAAAUAUUGGAGAUAAGAUUUUAAAAUGUACCUCAGCCUUCAGGUGAUAACUGAUUGGCGGUUUAUUUUUUUAUUAAAUCUUUAUCUCUUUAGGAGUGACGUCAAAAAGGUGAUUAGAGACACGACAGAGAUAGUGCCCUUUGCUUUGAUCAAAGCAGGUCAAGGAGACAUGAAAUACCGCAUCGAGGUAUUGGAGCCCAGCCAAGCCUCAAACAUUCAGGAAGAGCUGGACACUGUCUUUGAUCACUUUGAACCAAAUAAAAGUGGCCUGAUGCAGGUGCGUCAAUCAAUUAUACUUAACACUGAAAGACAUCAAUGUUUUAAUAUAUUGGUGCCUUUCUGAUUCUGAUAAGGGUACGUUGCUGCAUCCAUGUACUGGCAUAUGUGCAACAGUUGGGGAAGCAAUGCUGGUAUCCUAACGGCUCCUAGCGGGUGUCAGGGCAGCCUUGAAGCUCUCGAUUGUCGUCAAGUCCACGGCGACAUUGUUCAGGUGGUUCCAAGCAAUUAGUGUUUGUGGGAAGAAUGAUUGUUUAUAUUGGACUGUGUUACACCGAGGCACAGUGAAGCAUUUACUAUUGUUCUCAAUGUAACUGCUCAUGGAGGUGAAGUCAGUGUUUAUUGAGCAUUUGGCUCUAAUUAAGCGACCUGGCUUCUGUGGGGUUAGACGCGUGUUAGCUGGGAUGGCCUGCACUAGCUUUGAAUGCUUUUGCUGAUUUUAAAAGGGACAUACAGUGUUUAGCCCUAGAGAUCCCAUCGUUAGGUAAACAGUUGGAAAAUUAUAUUACAUUAACAAGUGUCAUACAGCAAAAAAGUCUUUUGUGGUGUGCUGGACACAAAUGUCAAAGACAUAUAGUGUUUACUUCUUGUGGCAGAAAUCGGUAAAGAAAAUAAAAAAAUAACAAAAUGAAACAAACAAACUUUGCUUUCCAUUAGCCAUUAAGUAGAAAUGUUUCAAGUAGCAAUAGGAAACCAAAUCUUGAAAUUGAUAGUAAUAAGAAAUAAUAUAUUGCAAUAUAAUUAUUUAGAUUACCAGCAUCUAGUGUUAAAAAAGAAAAAAUCUAAUCCAGUUUGGAUUCAGGAACUCUAUUUCACAGCAGUGAAGUUUAAACAAAUGAUUCAUGAAAUAAACUAUCUCGUUUAGGUUGGUUUAGACCGGCUGUUUGGGGAAGUCACCAAAGGGAUCCAAGAAACAGAGUCGAUGCUCCUGACAGGUACUUCAGUCUUAGGCAUCGGAAAAGUUUUUCUGGAGCGCGGACAAGUAAAAUUAGGACCCCCUGAUGACACAUCAAUGUCAUACAUCAUCACGAAAAUGCGGCUUCCUGCACUUGUUCGUUCAUUUGAAUCGCAAUCAUCAACUUUUAAAAUACUCUCGAUUCUGUGUCUGGUCUUGGGUGGCGGCAUGCUGUCUUAUCUCAUAUGGCGACACCUGCAAAAGGUUUUAGAGCAGAACAGGAGGAGAGAAGAAUUCGAGGAGAUCAGGAGAUCGAUCGCCGCCAGCAGAAGUCGGGUGAUGAACAAUGAUCCGCAAGGGGAGGUUAGAGAUGAGGAAACCUGUGUCGUGUGUCUGACCAAUGCCCGUCAGGUGAUAGUGCUGAACUGUGGACACAUAUGUCUGUGUGCUCAGUGUGCUGAACUUCUGCCCAGUCCCAGGCGGUGUCCGGUGUGUAGAGCAGAAAUUGACAGAUUCAUGCCAGUUUAUCGUCCAUAGUUAACCAUUUAAAAUAAAACCCAAAAGUUGCAGAUGUUUUGAGUGAUAGAAGAGAGCGAUGGAGUCAGAUUGUUUGGGACUUGCAAUGUCUAUUUUUAGACCUUAUUGAUUUACUUUUCAUGAAUAACUUGUUAAGUGAUGAUUAUUCAACAACAUGAACAUUUUUGCCAAACUGUUUGACAUGUACGGAGAGUUAGCUUUGUCCACUUUGUUUGGUUUAUGUGUACAAGUGUUUAGUUUAGUUGGUGUAUGUGCUAGUGUCUAGUCUAGUUGGUGUAUGUACCAGUGUCUAUUGUAGUUGGUAUAAUGUACUAGUGUCUUAGUCUAGUUGGUGUAUGUACCAGUGUCUAGUCUAUUAGGUGUAUGUGCCAGGCACUAGUCUAUUUGGUGUAUGAGCCAGGCAAUAGUCUUAGUUGGUGUAUAUACCUGUGUCUAGUAUAUUUUGUGUAUGUGCCAGGCACUAUUCUAUUUGGUGUUUGUGCCAGGCACUAGUCUAUAUGGUGUAUGUGCAAGUGUUUAGUCUAGUUGGUGUAUGUGCCAGUGUCUAGUUUUGUUGACAACCCUGUUUGUGCCACUCCUGCCACAUCUAAACAUUGAAACUGCUCACAUGAACUUGCACAAAGUUUCUUUUAAGAAAUUACAGAAUCAAAAGUUCUAUAGUAAUAGUUCUUAUUGAUCUUAAUUUUUUUUUUAUUGUUCAAGGUUUGUUCCUUGCUUUGCUUUGUUCUGGUUUUGUUUAAAGAAAAUUUAAUUAAUUGGUUUCUUAGACAUACGCCCAACAAACCAGUUUUUAAAUAGUCUAUUAGCACAUUGGGUAACAUUCAAGUUUGUGAGUAGAUUGGGUAACAUCCAAGUUUAUGAGUGCAUUGGGUAAGCUCCAAGUUCCUAUUAGCACAUUGGGUAGCAUCCAAGUUCCUGUUAGCACAUUGGGUAACAUCCACAAUUCUGUGAGCACAUUGGGUAACCUCCAAGUUCCUGUAGCACAUUGGGUAACCUCCAAGUUCCUGUUAGCACAUUGGGUAACAUCCAAGUUCCUGUUAGCACAUUGGGUAACAUCCAAGUUUCUGUUAGCACAUUGGGUAACAUCCAAGUUCCUGUAGCACAUUGGGUAACCUCCAAGUUCCUGUUAGCACACUGGGUAAGAUCCAAGUUUGUGAGCUUAUUCGGUAACAUCCAAGUUUCUGUUAGCACAUUGGGUAACAUCAAAGUUUCUGUUAGCACAUUGGGUAACAUCCAAGUUUGUGAGCACAUUGGGCAACAUCCAAGUUCCUGUUAGCACAUUGGGUAACAUCCAAGCUUCUGUUAGCACAUUGGGUAACAUCCAAGUUUCUGUUAGCACACUGGGUAUCAUCCAAGUUUCUGUGAGCCCAUUGGCUACCAUCCACAAUUCUGUCUUCAAUUCCCAAGUCUGAAAGCUAGUUUAUUCAAAGGGCACUUUAAAAUGUCUCCUUCCGAAGGUCUUAAUGAUUCAUCUUUCGCUUUGGGUACCAUCCAGUUUAUUUUGUUGUAUGAUAUGUACUGUUGUGAUUGGGCACCAUCCAUUGUAUAUUGUUGUAUGAUAUGUGCUGCUUUGAUAUGCAUAUAUGUGCCCCACAAAUAGACAUAUGCCUUGUGUAUAGUCCAUUUCAUGCUGUGUGUCUAGUUCCUAGUUCCGGUACUUGCAUUGUUUGCUUUGUUGCCAUACCCCAUUUCUUGGAAGCCCCUGCCUUUGAUACGCCAAUAUCCGAAGUAUUUAUGUUUUUACUAUAGUUUUUUCUGGUCUUGGAAGCGGCACAAAUUUGAAAACAGCCCGGCUCUGUACUAAUUCUAGUUACUGCACCCGAGUGGCUCGGUACUAUCUCUAUCUAUGGCACCCGUCUGGCUCGGUACUAUCUCUAUCUAUGGCACCCGUCUGGCUCGGUACUAUCUCUAUCUACGGCACCCGUCUGGCUCGGUACUAUCUCUAUCUACGGCACCCGUCUGGCUCGGUACUAUCUCU